GGGGCAGAACAAGCCAGGCGAAGGGCGCCUGCGCAGGGGAGCCUGAAGAAAUGCAUUAUUCUUGCUGCCUGCUGCUGCGGGAGGAGACCUUAUGGGGGAAGGUCGCUAAGUGACUGGGAUUUAUUUUCUCAUUUAUCAUUUAGUAGGCUCCGUGGCUUAAGACUUGAACGAAGUAAACCAAGUUCUCUUACUGAGAAGUCUCAGUUUCAACUAUCAUUCUUCUCUACAGAAGAGCUGUUUCUCAUCAAUCGGGGGUGAUUACAGUUCUUCCUAAAAAGGAUGGCUGCUCUUUUUCUAAAGAGAUUAACACUACAAACUGUAAAGUCUGAAAAUAGUUGCGUCAGAUGUUUUGGUAAACACAUCGUGCAAAAGACAGCACCAGCACAGUCGUUCCCUAUUGCUUCUGCCCCGAGACUUUCCUUCCUAAUUCAUGCAGAAGCCUUUAGUACCGUUGAAGACACCCAGAAUGAAGGAAAAAAGAAAAAAAAGAGUCAAACAGCUUUUGGUAACAUUGGAAGAAAAAUUAGUCAGCGAAUUGUUCACUUAUUUGAUGAGAAGGGCAAUGAUAUGGGAAACAUGCACCGAGCAGAUGUGAUUAGACUUAUGGAUGAGCGAGACCUGCGACUGGUUCAAAGGAACGCCAGCACAGAGCCUGCAGAGUACCAGCUCAUGACAGGAAUGCAGAUCCUCCAGGAGCGGCAGAGGCUGAGGGAGAUGAAGAAGGCUAGCCCCAAAACUGGACCAACCCUGACAAAGGAACUGACUUUUUCUUCAAAUAUUGGACAACAUGAUUUGGACACAAAGACUAAACAGAUUCAACAGUGGAUUAAGAAAGAACGCCAAGUCCGGAUUACUAUAAAGAAAGGAAAGAAUGUAGACGUGUCAGAAAAUAAAGUGGAGGAGAUAUUUCAUCAAAUACUCCAGACUAUGCCUGGAAUGGCUACAUUCUUAUCUAGGCCACAAGCUGUUCAAGGAGGAAAAGCUUUAAUGUGUGUUCUUCGUCCUGUAAGCAAAAAUGAAGAGAAGGCAUAUGGAGAAACUCAAAAGACCCAGAAAAGAGAUACUUUGAACCAAGACCAAGGAAAUGAUAAGGAAUCAAAUGUUCUGCAUCAGUAAUUUUAAUAAAGAAAAGCAUGCUCUGAGAGAAA